AUGAACACAGUGAUGAAAUUGAGCGCUCUGCUGAUCCUCGUGCUGCUCUGCUCUCUGGAGCUUGUCUCUUCUGCUAUGGGCCCUAGCACAGGGGCGAACUGCUGCCCAAAAUAUGAAACAAAGAAGAUCCCACUAGCAAUGGUGGUCUCCUGGCAUAAAACCAGCAGCAGCUGUGCCAAAGCAGCAGUAGUAGUUUGUGAAAAAAAUACAACACAACUCCUCUCUCUGAUCCAGAGUCCAGCAGAUCCUCUCUCUGAUCCAGAGUCCAGCAGCUCCUCUCUCUGCUUGCAGUCUCCAGUCAAAAUGAACACAGCGAUGAAAAUGAGCGCUCUGCUGAUCCUCGUGCUGCUCGGCUCUCUGGAGCGUGUCUCUUCUGCUGAGGGCGCUAACGCAGGGGCGAACUGCUGCACAAGCUAUGCAACAAAGAAGAUCCCACUAGCAAUGGUGGUCUCCUGGCAUAAAACCAGCAGCAGCUGUGCCAAAGCAGCCUAUGUGUUUGUUACCAAACGCGGAAAGCGCAUAUGUGUGGAUCCUACUCAUGGUUGGGUGAAGAGCCACGCAGCUCAGGUGGACAGCAGGUCAGCCACCACUGUAGCACCAGGAACCAGCAAGAUGAACACUAAAGCCUAAGGCCAGCCCUAACACCCCAGCGGGCUGUCAAUCUGUACGAAGACUUCCUGUUGGACACUGCGA